AUGAGGAGAUCACAGAGAAUUCGCCGCUCUGUCGUUCCCGAUUCCGAAGAUGACGCAUCAUUCAGUGGCAUGUCACUGCGAGAUUCUUCACCCCUCCGUCGCGCCAGAUCCUUGCCAAAGAGUGGGUCGACGAAUUCCAGAACACGGGGCGUCCCCGUCAUCCAAGAUUCCGAAGGUGAAGACGACCUGGAUACCAAUAAGCUUGCUCUCGCGGAAGGCAAGAGCACUGCGUCAGGAAAACUAGCAGUCGUGAUACCGUUAAAGGAAGAUGGAUCAUCAAGCGACUCCCCGAGUCGCUCUCUGGGCAUCCAAUCUACCGAAGGAACCACGGGCUGCAAUACACCGGCAACCAGUGUCGAAGCUGCCGCGGAGUCCGACAUUAAACUCCCUCGGACACGAGUCAAUGCCUCGGCGCGUGCUCAGAAUCUCCAUUUGAACAACCAGCCCCGAAGAAAGUCUCUACGGGGAACAAAGAGAUCUGCUGCGGCCAUUUCUACGGAUGAAGCGGACCGCGAAGCCACUGAUGCAGCCCUAGCUCAUGCCCUUCAGAUGGAGGAGUACGAGCAACCUGUUUCCAAGAAACCCAAAACCCAGCGAUCAGGUUCUCGUUUAUCGCGCGAGAUUCUCACGAACGCCCUCCUCGAGGACUGGUCAGGAAGCGAGACCGACGAGACCUAUCUUUCCUCAGCUCUUUCGGAUUUGGAGGAUAUGUAUGAUUCAGAUGACGAUUCUGACGCUCCAGGGAAUGCAUACCGUAGAUACCGAGGAGCUGCUGAGCAAUUGAAUCCGGCAGAUUACGAUCACUUCAUAGAGAUGUAUGAACAAGACCAGGCGGCUCAUCAUGAGCACGAAGACUUACCGCCGACAUGGGAUGAACAACGCAAAGCUCGCCGUAUGCAAGCGGACCGAAAAAAGCUGGAGAAGAAGCAUCCAACCAUCACUUCCAUGUGGGAGACUCUGAAGGCGACACCAAUCAUCACCCCCAAGGCGGCCAGGCAACCCGAUUCAAUCACCCGUAAACUAAAACCCUUUCAAUUGGAAGGUUUGAGUUGGAUGAUGGAACAAGAGAAGACUGAAUAUCGAGGCGGUCUUCUUGGCGAUGAAAUGGGAAUGGGAAAGACAAUCCAGGCUGUUUCCCUCAUAAUGUCUGACUUUCCUCAGCCCGAACCAACACUGGUUCUCGUACCGCCUGUUGCUCUGAUGCAAUGGGUAUCUGAAAUCAAGGAAUACACCAAUGGGAAAUUGAAAGUUCUUGUUUAUCACAAUUCAGACUCGAAAGUUAAAAAGCUGACACCGGCGGAUCUCCGGAAGUACGAUGUGAUCAUGAUCUCAUACUCGAGCUUGGAGUCAAUUCACCGGAAGCAGGAGAAAGGCUGGAGUCGUAGCGGCGGAACCGUGAAAGAAGACAGUGUGAUUCAUUCAAUUGACUACCAUCGACUGAUUCUCGAUGAAGCACAUAGCAUUAAGCAACGUACUACGGGUGUAGCCAAGGCUUGUUUUGCCUUGAAAGCGUCCUACAAGUGGUGUCUGUCUGGCACCCCUGUCCAAAAUCGGAUUGGUGAAUUCUUCUCUCUUUUGCGAUUUCUGCAAGUUCGCCCAUUUGCCUGCUAUUUCUGCAAGCAGUGUGACUGUGAACAGCUUCAAUGGACUUCGGACAAGCAUGGCCGCUGCACCUGCUGUGGCCAUACUGGCUUCAACCACAUUUCGAUCUUCAACAAGGAAAUUCUCAACCCGAUCACGGAGGGUAGAACUCAACAAGAACGCAAAGAAGGCCUUGCCAAGCUUCGUUUGAUUACAGAUCAUAUCAUGCUUCGACGAAUGAAGGAAGAACACACAUCUUCUAUGGAACUUCCGCCGAAACGCAUCACCAUUCACAAUGAGUUCUUUGGGGAGAUUGAGCAUGAUUUCUCUCGCAGUAUCAUGACCAACUCGACACGCCAGUUUGAUACCUAUGUCAGCCGAGGUGUCAUGUUGAAUAAUUAUGCCAACAUCUUCGGGUUGAUCAUGCAGAUGCGGCAAGUGGCGAACCACCCCGAUCUAAUUUUGAAGAAGCAUGUGCAGCCUGGCUUCAAUAUUCUUGUCUGCCGCGUUUGCGACGAACCUGCCGAAGAUGCUAUUCGGUCCCGCUGCCGGCACGAGUUCUGUCGGAAGUGUGCCAAGGACUAUAUUCAGUCAUUUGAGGAUGAAACCACGGUGGACUGCCCGCAGUGCCACAUUCCGCUGUCGAUCGACCUGGAGCAGCCGACCAUCGAGCAAUCGGAAGAGUCUGUGAAGAAAAACUCGAUCAUCAACCGCAUCCUCAUGGAGGAUUGGACUUCCUCAACGAAGAUUGAAACCCUUCUCUACGAACUGUACCAGCAACGCAGCAAGACCCACACACCCAAAUCGAUCAUCUUUUCCCAAUUUACUUCGAUGUUGCAGUUGGUGGAGUGGCGUCUUCGGCAUGCUGGUUUCAACACGGUUAUGCUGGACGGAACGAUGACACCCGCUCAGCGACAGAAAUCCAUUGAACACUUCAUGAACAAUGCGGACGUGGAGGUGUUUUUGGUGUCCUUGAAAGCCGGUGGAGUGGCACUCAAUCUGACGGAAGCCUCUCGAGUCUUUAUUAUCGAUCCAUGGUGGAACCCCGCAGCGGAAUGGCAGAGUGCAGAUCGCAGCCAUCGCAUUGGCCAGCAGCGGCCCUGUGUGAUCACCCGUCUUACCAUCGAAGAUUCUGUUGAGUCUCGGAUCGUCCAGCUUCAAGAGAAGAAAGCCAAUCUGAUCCGCGGCACUAUUAACAAGGACCAAGACAAGGCUCUGGAGAAGCUGACCCCCGAGGAUAUGCAGUUCCUGUUCCGGGGAUCGUAA